AACGUCAUAUACUCAUAUGGAUCGCAUGUUCGCAUCAUUCGUCAAUUCGUCUGUGGCUUGUUCUGGUCUGAUCUGUUCGUUCGUAUUGUUUCUCCCAAGUCCCAACAUUGGUAAGAGUGAGUGACUCACACUGCGUUGAAGAAUAGAAGGAAAUUAAUCAUUUUAUAAAUAAACAAUUAUGUGAAGGUUCAAUCAAUCAAGUAUCAGGAAAGUUCAAAGUGAUAAAUUAUUGAAGUUUGAAUCUGGUUCAAACAUGGACAUAAAUUUCAAAAGUUGUUUUAAAACUAGGUAACAUGAACCAGAAUUCACAUUCACAUUGUCCUCAAUGCUAAUGAGGACAAUAUACAAAGAGCUUGUGGGCUAGGCUGCAGGCCGAAGAAGAAAUGCAAGAUUGGGGUUACAACAUUUUCCAAUAUUGAAAAAUUUGCAAUCACUACUACGAUGAUUUAAGAUGAUUAAUUGCAACAGAAUCCAAAUCGAGUAACAAAAAAAUUAUUGAAGAACAUCCAGAACAAGUCAUCUUUGUUGAAAGUUAAAUCAAGCUUCCGCAAUGAAGUGCAGACUCACGGAUUAGGGUGUGUUAACUGUUGACUCCACAGUCCACACAAUUCUAUAAAACCAGGAAAGAAAGAUCUCAUUCUCAUGCAGUGGCAAUAGUUGAAGAAAAGUUGUCCCAAAAUCAAGAAUUGACACAGAACUUGACACUUGUAACUUCAAGCAACCCUUAAACUUGUGUAACUUAAAGUUUGAAAAGGAUUUGAAUAGAGAAAACUCUCAAAACAUUUGAGAAAGAGCUGAAACACGGAAUUCCAAUGGGUCAAAACUGGAGAGUUCUCAUUCAUUGGCGCCUACCACAUCUUAUUGGUCUCGGUCUACAACGGAAGAAGAAAAUGCAACGAUGUAGGGCGUUGAUAAAGUUGCACUCAUCCCCUGACUGCAGAAGAAGAGAGAUCCAGGUCUUCUAUUUAAUGGCUUCAACCCGAUGGCUUUCACGUGACACGAGUCUUCACAUAUUGCUGGAUUCGAUUGACGACUCGUUUUCAUAAAAAAAGGACAACCACGCAAGCGGACCUCAGGCGAGAGACGAUUUUGAAAAUGGUUUAUCCCGACUGCUAGUUCAGCAGACGAAUCUAGGUUUAGAACUUGAUAACAUUACUGGACUGGACACUCAAAGCCUUCAAUCAAUUCCUGCUGAAAAAUGAAACUUCGUUCUCGGCCUACGUUAGAAGAGUCUUUGCAGGUCGACCAUCCGUGCAACUAGAACACGCCCGAAGAAAAAUUACCGACUUCGACGAAUCUUUAUACGCUCACGUGUUCACUGAAGAAGUUGAUCGUUUUAUCGUGAGACGUGAUCGGCAGGCAGUGCUAUUGCAGAAGAUUUUGCACUUGACGUCAUCCCCGAAUUUGUUUUCAAAAAUGCUUAUUUGGAAUUGGGUAAUUCUCUGGUGGUCCUUCAGCGAAAAUCGAUAAUUUGGCAGCCAUCGUCGCUUCUGCCCCAAUUACAAGAACCCAUCCUUGCCGAUUUGUUUGAAUUACAGAAGAAAAAUCGAACGUUGGCUGAGGCUCGGUCUGUUCUCAUUUCUGCCAUGACACGUCUUCCCUCGUGAUACCAAGCCACUAAUCACAAGCAAAGUGGGCAAUCAUCCAGAUUCACACUCACAUUUCCUAAACUGAAAUUAGAAACGAAACUAAACGUUAAUCAGUAAUACGCAAGACUUCCGCGUCUUUGGGUGCUGUACAAGAAGGUCGGCGGUGCGGGGACCAUCUAGCAUGGUUAGACAGUCAAAAUCAAAUCAAAUGCGUUAGAUACAUCAGGGGAGGUCCUACGUGACGAUCUUUGAAACGAAGAUCUGGAAGAGACGAUCUUGAAGUGAGAAGAAGUUGUACAAGGAAGGUCAGCCGGGGGGGUAUCGGCCUUUCGUCUUAUGACCUUAUUAAUAAUAUUUAAACCUUUUCUGGUACGAGAUUGAUUUCUUUCCUUCGAUUAAUGCUUAUUUCAAGGUGAUCCCGUACACUGAUUUGUCGUUUUUUUGUUUACCUGUUUAAUUACCAUUGCCAACCUGUCGAGGAUGGUUUACACCAGUUUACGCAACACGCUUAUGGGUGACAACCAACAUCUCUUUUAUGAGAGAACGAAAAACCAGGUGGGAGCAAGAGUGGACUGGUUAGUCUAUAUAAACCCCGUUUGGCUGUGGACGGGUCCAUCGAGUGUUCAACUCAAGAACGAAUUCCACCGACAUAUUCCGGCGUAACAAGUAUUUUGUACAGACAUUUUGGCGUAACAGUCGUUUGUUACUCUUCACUCAUCAACCACGAAAGAUCGCAGUUAAUUAACCAAAAACAGUUUGUUUCGCCAUAACAAAGAGUCAAGGGAAAGCCCCGGACAAACCCGUUCUUGUUAUAAGAACAUCAAGCAUUCAAGGAAAUGUUUGCUUCAGCAAUAAUAUUUGCAGCUGCUGUCCCACUGGUAUUGGCAAACAACGCGCCAACCUAUUCUAGUGAUGUCUCCAGUACGGAAGACCAUUCUUGUGAGAGUUGUCCUCCGCUUAAUGGUGCAAAAGUUCCACAAAAUGGAAAACCGUCUAAUUCUUCUUAUCCUGAUGAUGGCUGUGGAGACUAUUCUGUCCGAUUUAAGGGCGAUGGGUACUGUUAUCCUCUUCUGAAGAUAGGCCCUUGCGAGAAUGUGUUAUUUUGGAUUACGGUCGACCCGUAUACUUACGAGGGAAUAUGCACUCCUCGCCUUUGUGGCAGAGAAAAAGUGUUCGUCGGUCGAGAUGGUCUAUGUCACGAUAUUUACGAUACUAAAGAGUGUCGUGGAGGUAGGCGUCUUUAUUACUCGGCUUACGGAGAUCCAAUUUGUGAUUGUCCUGUUGGGCAAUAUCCAUUCCCAUCAGAGGAAGACGAUUGCGUUCCUUUAUUUACCCAAGGACCGUGUCCAACCAAUCAGGUUGUAUCCGUUAGUUCAUCGGGUAAAUUAGAGUGUUUCCCCAACACUUGUCAACUCGUUGAUAGAUACCAGGACUUUCUCCUGCAAUUGGUCCCAGUUAAACAAUCAAGAAUAAGUAACGAUGACGAAGACGAUGAAUAUGGAUACUGCUGUGCGUUAGGCACUCGUGGACCUUGCUCACCUUCUGAACUUUUUGGUUACAACAUCUUUCACUGUCAGGGAGAGUGUGUUGACAUGGAUGACCCUAGAACGCCGUACUUUUUUUCUCCGGAAGAGAACGCAAUUUUAGAUGACAUCUUUGAUUGGGCCGCAAACGAACCCAUAACAACAAAGAAUAACAAAAGUAAUACGUUUUUCGUGCACAAUGGUUAUCAAGAAAACGAAGACAAGGGAUUAAUACUUUUGGGAUAUUCCAACAGCCAAGUAGAAUUCCAACAUCUCUCCUAAAUCCCUGUCAACCCGGCGGUCGAAACGGAAAUAAUUUCAAGUGUGCAAAUCCUUUGGUUCCCAGUAGACCCAGACGCGACGUUAGUAAGCCUGUCAGUCCUGCUUUCGGUUGCCCAUCAAAUGAUUUCUUGCAAGCUACUGGACAAUGCGGUAGCAACCGUGGGCCAGCUAGCUGCGGAUCUUCUUACAAGUUCAUCAAAGCUACAAACCAAUGUGGACCAAUUCGCUUUUGAAUUAAAUUCGCUUUUGAAUUAAAGAAGAUAGUGGAUAAUCCUGAAAUUCAACACAACUGAUUUUCUAAUUGAUGCGAAAAUACAAGUUUCUUAAUAUCGCACAGUUAGUAAAAUCACUCAAGUUUUCUUUUGUUCAAGGACUUCAAGCUGACUUAAUUUAACUAAGAUAUUUUAUAGUAUGCUUACUUAUACCAACAUGAUGAAUAGGUGACUGCUGUAUGAGACGAUUUCUGGAUAUUGACGAUUUUAAAGCUGAUGAUUUUGUUAUGAAGGGAUGAUUCCCCUUCCGAAGAUUCCCAUGGACAUGGCUGUUUAAAUUUCGUGAUCUUUUGAUAAAUACAUCAGAUUAAUGCACUUA